CCACCCUUCCUUCUCACUUACAAAAUGGCGCACUCACCUCAACAACACACUGCCUUUUCGUAGAAUACGUCCUUUAAAUGUAGUUUUGUUUGCGUUCAUUUCAUGUGACUAUAAUGAUAGAAAUCCUGUUAGCCGUAGCGAGCAUAAUCACUUCUCUGGCGUUUGUUCUGUUUCUUAUACUUCUCGGUUGGUACAUCGUCUGGAAGCUGUUUCUGUCGCGGUUCAAGUUUGUUAGAGAGUUGCUCGGGGGCGGUUCAACCGAGGAGCAGCAAGAGCGCGAGAAAGAUACAAGAAGUAGACCCAAAAGAAGCAGAAGAGACUAGACCAAUACAUCAAGAUGAAUAUUCGCUGUGCAAAACCCGAAGAUCUCAUGAACAUGCAACAUUGCAACUUGCUAUGUUUACCAGAAAACUAUCAGAUGAAAUACUACUUUUAUCAUGGCUUGAGCUGGCCACAGUUGAGCUAUGUAGCUGAAGAUGAUAAGGGCAA